AUGAGCACGAAGAAGAAUAGCAAUGAUACGACGUCGGAGAAGGUUCAGACGACGAGGAAACGCGUAGGGAAGUACGAACUGGGAAGGACCUUGGGUGAGGGGAGUUUUGCCAAGGUUAAAUUCGCCAAGAAUGUCGAGACCGGCGAGUGUGUCGCCAUUAAAAUCCUCGACCGUGACCAAGUCCUCCGUAACAAGAAUCCCAUUGCUCAAAUUCAACCAUCUUCUUUUGGAUUAAGGGUGAUUUUGGUUACGGCCUUAGGUUAUGGCAAGCAAGACAAAGAUUUAUAUCGUGAUCGAGCCACACGAGGGAGACUCAAAGAGGAUGAAGCUAGAAGCUAUUUCCAGCAGCUUAUUAAUGCUGUUGAUUUCUGCCACGGUACAGACGUUUUCCAUAGAGAUUUGAAGCAUGAGAACCUUCUUCUGGAUCCCAAUGGUGUUCUUAAAAUAUCAGAUUUUGGAUUGAGUGUUUUUUCGCAGCAAGUUCGGGAGGAUGGGUUGCUUCACACUGCUUGUGGGACUCCGAAUUAUGUUGCUCCUGAGGUGCUUAAAGAUCAAGGUUACGACGUUCGAGCAUCGGAUAUUUGGUCUUGUGGAGUUAUUGUCUUUGUACUUAUGGCUGGUUAUUUGCCCUUUGAUGAACCGAAGCUUAUAUGCUUGUAUAAGAAAAUCACAAAGGCCGAUUUCACUUGUCCAUAUUUUACGACCGGUGCAAGGAAAUUGUUGCAGCAUAUUCUCGAUCCGGACCCUCUAACCGAAAAUCUUGUAACAGAAAGGAAAGUGAGACCUGUGUCGAUGAAUGCUUUCGUGCUCAUCUCCAGUUCGCAAAGCUUUAGUCUAGACAAUUUGUCUGAGAAGCAGAUGUCCGAAUCGGAACGACAGGGGCUUGCAAAGCGAGAAACCAGUUUUGUUUCGCAAUGUCCUCCUAACGAAAUCAUCUCCAAAAUCGAGGAAGCUGCAAAGCCUCUAGGGUUCAAUGUUGACAAGCGGAACUAUAAGAUGAAGUUGAAAGGUGACAAAAGAGGGAGAAAGGGACAACUCUCCGUGGCCACCGAGGUGUUCGAGGUUGCUCCCUUCGUACAUAUGGUGGAGUUCCGGAAAACCGGCGCAGACACGUUGGAGUUUCACAAGUUCUACAAGAACUUUUCAUCUGGAUUGAAUGAUAUAAUCUGGAAAACUGAUGGAAUUGCUGAAGAAAAAGAAAAGUAUGUGACGAUUAAAUCCAUUUAA